AUAGUAAUUUAUUUAGUAGGAAGAACUCACCUUGUCGAACGUCUUCCUCAUCUUUCCUCAUCAAGUAAGUGUAAAACAUCAGUAGCCAAAGGGGGUCCUGAAAGGCUGUUAAUUACAUUGCAUGCACACGGUACUAGCUAACUGGGUGGGUGGGCAGCUAGCUGGUCGAUGAUGUGUCUGGCCAAAGACUGCUUUCGUGAUGGUGGCCGGCACAGCAGUUAGUACCAGUACUGCAGUAGCACUCAGUAGUAAAACUAUGAAUAGAAUAAUGGGUAGAUCCUGAAACCCCCAAUCCCUUAUCUGUAUCUCUUGGUGGCACAGCCACAGCAGAGCCAGCCCUGCCAGCAUCAUAGCUGCCAUCCAUCUCUUCCAUAAAAUUUCGAGUGGAGCAGUUUCACAAGGGACAACCACCACAAACCAACCGCCAAACAAAGCAAAGCUAUUAUCUAGUAUUAUCACGAUUAUAACUGACCAACAGCACAAACACAACACAAUACAAUACCACCAUGUUGUUUGAAAGUACCAACGCCGACGAUGCCCUCGAUGUCCUCAGGGCCAUGAGGAAACUGGAAGAGAACGGCUACGCCGUGACGACCGACGAAGAGCUUGUAGAAGAAUUCGUGGGAGGUGACCAAACUAGACUGACACCCGAUUGCAAGCGUGUGGGAAGAUGGCGCGCCAAGAUGGUUGACUUUUGCUACGAAGUUGCCGAAUACUGCAUGAGCGACCGGGAAACAGUGGCCAUUGCCAUGAGCUACUUGGAUCGGUUUUUGCGAACACCUGCGGGCUUGGAAGUGUGCCAGAACCAAGACUUGUUCAAGUUGGCCGCCAUGACGUGCCACUACACGACCAUCAAGAUCCAUGAGCCACCCGCCGUGCCACCGGAAGUGAUUUCGGAAAUGUCUCUGGGAGCAUUCAGCGUGGAGCAAGCAGAAGACAUGGAGUUUGUCAUUCUGCAGUCCAUCGGAUGGAGGGUCAACCCGCCUACGUCGUAUGCCUUUUUGCGUCAAUUCCUCUACCUGAUACCGGUCGGACUAAUGACGGCCGCUACCAAGGAAAGUGUGUACGAAGAAGCAGUGCAACAGUUGGACUUUGCCCUGAGAGAUCGUCACUUUGUCAAGGAUAAGGAAUCGGUGAUUGCCAUGAGCGGACUACUGAACGUACUCAAGGCCCACUGCGGCGACGAUACCGAAAAGUAUGUGGCGGUGUGGUCUACUCUCAUGAAGAACGUAGAGAUGGAUUCCAGAAUAGUCCUCGCAACACAAGCCAAACUCAAGGCACUCGCAGACAGUAUGGAAGCAGAUGUCGAGUCCUUCGACAGCACAGGGUCAGUGGACAAGUUCCCUUGCAAACGUCUAUUCUAUGGACGAAGCAAUUCCCUGCAGAGCAUCGAAGUUUCAUAACCAAACGACCGACAUUCAUUUGUUUCAAUACUGUACUAUCAUAACGACUGCAAUGCAACCAGACAAUCUCAAUGCAUGAGAUUACUCGCCCCAACCACACGCAUAACUUAUAACUAAUGUAUAACCUACAUUCUACCCC